CUUUUUUAAAUCAUAAGGAAAUGAAUAAGUAGCCUAACAUAAAUUAACAAAUAUAAGUCCAAAGUGCACAUUGACAGCUAAGAUGUUCUGAACCUCCUUAUCAGAGCAAAUAAAACUAAAUAUGAUAAAUAAGCCUCCUCAACUCUUUCCUUGCUCUUAAAGAUUUAAUCCAUUUUCUGUUGCAUUGCCCUUUUUUUGUCGCAUCAAUUCAACAAGCUUUUAUUUAUUCAUUUAUUUUUUGCUGUUCCAGAAAACAUGCACAUUUGAACCAAUCAGAGCUAACUAUCUCUGCUGAUCACGUGUCAGUAUGUCAGCCAAUUGAAUGGAUAAAUGAGUCCAGGCAUUUUGCUUUGCUGCGUUUAUUCGCACAUUGACGUGACUCAUCAUCGUCAGACUCAGAUAACUGCAACAGCUAGGGAAACUUCCAUGCCAUCCGUGGAAUAAAGAAAUAAUAAAUAUCAGUGGAAACGGAUUACGCUACACAAGCACUUUAUUAUGCUUGUUGUUAACACUUGUGUAUGUAAAUCUGAUGUUGGUAGAUUGUUUUCUUCUUGGAGAUGAAAUGCAUGAAUUGCAGCUUAGCAUAUUUUUUUCUUUUAACAUAACGUUUUGACAGUUACCAUCAUAUUUUUGGAAUCAAAGCACCGUGUACCGGAACUGCGUUCUUGCCCAGAAUCUUAUACUGGAACUGCGUUCCUGACCGUUCUGGCCCACUUUCACCCCUGAAUACAAUACAAUACAAUACAAUACAAUACAAUAAUGUGUGUAUAUUCACUGUUCUGUAUUGUUUAAGUGUUAAAUAUUGUUUGGGGGGCGGGGAGGCGGUUCCAAAAUAAAGAUCACAUGGUCAUUGAUUUCAAGAACGAAACACUGCCCUCUCGCGCUGUCAGUGGGUAUGGCAAAAAUAAGAGCAUAUCGGGCGAAACCAAUCACCCUGUGCGAUGCAGACAUCCUCUCACCGACCUCCAACCAACAAAGCGGUGAAAAUGUACUAGUAUAGAACACCUCAGUAUGCUUGGGAAAAUGGCAGUCUCGGUGUCAACGUGUCAGUGAUAUAGGCUGCAGUAUAUGUCGUUACCAUUUACUUCCCCGGUAGCUAAAGAAAGUGGUGCAGUCCAAUACUAUAGAAGGCAAAACUGGGAAGGGGUUUGUUUUCAGCUAGAAACCAACGCGGGCAAAAUUAUCGACUGCGGCACCGAAUUUUAACGAGGCCGUGGCUCUUAAAUAUCCGAUUGCUUUUCUGUUGAGCAGUGUCUUUGCUCGCCAUGGCUCUGUGCGCUGGUGUCGGAGCCAUGGCUCUACCGAGCGAGCUAAUCGUCCACAUCUUCUCCUUUCUAUCCGACCGAGACAAGCUCCGGGCCUCGGCCGUAUGCUCGCGAUGGAGGGAGUGUCUGUUCUAUCCCGCCCUGUGGACCGAACUCAAACUACGGAUAGGUGGCGGCAGCUCGAGCUCCGAGGAGACUUCGAGGUUGGAGUUCCUCAUGAGGAAGUUUGGUGCUUCCGUGCGAGAACUGCAGCUGGAACUCACUCCCCCAGAAGUGAUGGUCAGCUCCCGGAACAACGAGCCGUCCUGCACCAGAGUGGACUUACCUCCAGGUUCUGUCAACAACCCGCAACCGUCCAAGCGAUGGAGGGACGCGAUGGCUACUUACUUGGACCACGCGUUGUGUGUCUUCACCAACCUUCGCAACAACAGGAACCUGCGAAAAUUGCGUCUAUAUGGCGACACAUGUGCUCUCCAACAGGAGGGGCUCUUAGACAACUCCAACCUACUCCAGAUUCAUGAGGGCCACAAGAAAAUAAAUGAGAUCCAACGGUUGUUCAGAGAGUUGUUGUCUCACAGCAGGCAGCUCCGAUGGUUGUCCUGUAGCUUUAUGCUUGGUCUGGUGACACCCUCCUCCUUAGCAUGCCUAUCGAAUCCUUCCUCUGAGACCUUGCAGCAUCUCAGCUUGCUGGAUCACCAGCUUGGUACGUAUGAAGGUCCAUUCAUCUCACCAUCUGAGUUGGACCGUCUUUCUUCUCUUCACUCUCUGGCUCUUGAUUACUCCGAUCUGACAUCUGAGCUCUGUGGCCUGUUGGCAUCGCCCCACCGAACGCCACUGCAUCGUCUUUCUCUGCUGCUAAAUGGCACCACCCUGGAGGUCAAGUCAUUAGAAGGGACAGCCACAGAAGAUGAUUGGAAGGCGCUGGUACGUGUUAGUGCCAACCUGCGAGUGUACAUCAUGGUUGUGGAGGUCAGCAGCUCCGAGCUCCUUAGAGUGCUGAAGCCGAGCCUUCCACUGGAGCGCAUCCACCUGGACAGUUACAACACACUUGUGACCGACGCAGCCCUGGAGCUUAUUGCUCAGCAAUACAACAAAACACUGACACACUUCAUUUUACUGAGGGAUGACCCAGAGUUCCCAGACCUCAAUGUCAAUCGCAAUGAAGAUCCAUUGGUCCUCUUGGCUUGGAGAUGUACUCAGUUGGCCGUUCUUGUAAUUCACGGCUACACUGUGUGGUCUCACAACUUGGUAGCAAUCUCUCGGCUGCGCGGAGCCAGUCUUCGUGUCCUGACUGUGUCUGAUGAGAGCAUCGAAUUCCACCCGGACGAGCCACUGUAUCUGCAUGGUGAUCCACUUCAUAACCUGGUCAAAGAGGUCUCAUUGGGCCUUGGUCGAGUGUGGCACCCAUGUUUGGAUUACAGUCUUGUUUUGAUUGAGCACACCCACCACUUCCAUCAAGAGCUGCAUGCCUUCAGCCUGGGCAUGUAGACAGGGAUGUCCUGUCCUAUAGACCAGAGCCUGAGCUGUGCCAAGACCAGGCCAGACCAAUCAAGUACACAUCAUCUGACACCACACUCCACCAUCUAAACUCAAUCUUAACAAAGACAAAUCAUAUACAAUGUUUUUAGGAGUACUACAGAUUCUAUAAAAGAAGGCAGAUAAUUUUCGCAAGGCUUUUUUUGUUUUCUUUUGACUCCAGGCUACGCAUUGAAACUGAAAUUUAGAAAUUCCAAACUAAUUGGGAAUAGCCUUCUGCAUUUACAGUUAUGCAGUAAGGUAAAUACAAGAUGUAAGUGUAAUAACAAGUCAUUACUAAAUUGUCCUUUUAGGCACCACUUUGGCCUGAUCUUGCCCACUGACUUAGACAUAUUCCUAUAACUGGCUAAUGUAAUAAACUGCUGAGCCAUUGGAUAAUGUUACUUUUAUAAAUUUCUUCAUGUCCUGCUCAGGGGUAGAACAGCGCAGGACUGGCAGGAUGUGUAAUUAAUGGAUCUUAACAAUUAGGUUUGCAAAAUGCUUUGUGUGUAAAUGUGUUCAGACACAAGCUAUUAGCUUUAGUUUUCAAAUUGUUAUUUUAUUUUACUUUUUCUUUUUUAACCUUUUUGUUUUGUCCAUCUUACCUGCUCUUGCAGUUGUUAAUGUACCGAUCACUUCCUUAUAAACACAAUCUUUUAUUAGUUUUGAAAAAAAAAAUAACUUGGGCAACAAGAAAAAAAAAACCUUCACUCGUUGAAUAGUUGAUUUCUAUGGCCAAAUUUGUUGAUAAGGAAAUUGAUGGACUUUAAAAGUACAUGCAGCACACUUUCCACUCUAUUUAGCAAUGUUAUUUUCCCAAAUCCUCACUAUUCAUCACUGUAGGGAGCCUUGGCUUCCAGUGGGUGCUCAUGGGAAAACCUUGUUUAACAAGUGAAGAGGGAGCCUCCCCACUUUUAUACGCCAUUGGUUAUCACCUAACAGUUAAUAUUCACAUUGAAAUAAUUUUCUUGGCUGUAUCUCCUAGAGAUCAAGACCUUCACGCUAAAUAGUUCUAUUAAUGAAUAGCAAAAUUCAAAAGGUUACAUAAGAACAAAUUGCUUUGUGCUGUAUGAUUCCUUCUCCACAUCAGUAAAUGAGAAGUCUGGUUUAAUCUGACAUGAUUAUUGUAGAGUGAAAGUUUUUUCAUGGCAGGGAAAUGUUAUUCCAACUUUGGAAAAUUGGCAGUCUUCUGACAUUUUGGAAAGCUAAUUUUGUUCUGAAUGGGACUUUGCCGUCCAUUGGACAAUCGGACAAUUGUUUUGUGUGGUGAGGUUCAGGAAAUGUUCCACUAUAGCUUAUUUUGUGAUGGAACUCUGAGAAAAUGAAUGAAAACAACAUUUGAGCGUAAUAGGAUUAACUCUUGUCUGAGGAGCGGAAAAAGGCACCUAUAGCACCGCAUAGUUUUGAGUGCUGUCAUGGUGACAAUUUUUCUGUUAGUCUCAGGUUAAGGUUUACAAUUCCUUUGACUGGGAAAGUGGUGGAGAUUGUUGAGUUGAAAUUAGUGAUUGUUUCCAAUACCCUUUUCUUGGAGAUGCUCUUUUUUCUUUGAAGUUCCUCUUGAGUCACAGUUGCCUUGGAGACUAUCCCCUUUUGCUGGAAACGGUUAUUUAUUCUGCUGGUUAUUUGGACAUAUAAUAAAAACUCCACUUUGUUAGAUAUGUUAGUGAACCUAAUCAUACAUUUGUUUUCAAAGAAUUAGGUGAAUAAAUGUGGAUGGAAGGCACAUUUUUCUGACAUCAGCAGUUGUGGAGUGUUGGUGAAUCCAUACCAUGGGUGGACUACUUACUGGGUCACUUAAUGUCUGAACUGAAUGUAGUCCAUUUUCAGGGCAAUGAGGAUCUAAUGUGUGGUCCUUCCUCAGCCAUGAAAGCAUGGCAGUACUAAUUAGUUGAUACUUGUGCAAUUGUAUCAAGCCUGGCGUUGUACACGGAAUUUACAUAUAAAUAUUUUGUACCCAAGCAACCCAAGAAAGACAUUUUACUAGCAGGGAUUUGCAGGCACAGUACGGUUUAAUUGUGUUGGUCGGGUCAGUUACACUGCCCAGGUGUUUACAUGAAGGCUUUUCCGGCAUUUGGCCAGUUGGAUGAAGGUCCAUAUCAAGGUGUGUUAUGUUUACGUGGUGAAUGAAUGAAGCGCUCUUUUGGGGGGGUCAUGACUAAAGUUUGCGAGACCUUGACUGUCAAUAAUUUGCUGGAUGGUAAUGGGACCAUGAUGGGUUAGCCAUAAUAAUCUCUUGUUCUUGGUGUAUAUCUCAGGAUUGUUGCACUUUGGGUAGCAGAAUUUUUUUAAGGCUUUCUAUGGCUUCUACAUACAGUAUGUACUCACAGCUUGCAUGUACGGAAGUGAGCCCUAGCACAAGCAGCAUAAUGCAUGCAUACCAAAAUAUGUAUUUUUGAUUAGAUCUCUACCCUCAUCUUUUUUGUAACUUUUUGGCAGUUGUACUGCAAUAAAGGAUGAAAUAUGAAAGCUGUUCAUACGUAAAUAACUUAAAAUUUUGAAGGUGGCUUAAUUUCAAGAAAUAAUUUUAUGGAUUGAAUUUGCACUUUGACCUGCCCCGGUAUACAAGAAAUUGAUGUUACUGCUUUACUUGCAGUGUCAUUACCAACAAAAGAGAUACCCCAAACUUCUGUAAUCAUUGCAGUAGCGUGUUUGAUUGGAGGAGCUUACUUAUUAUCUUCAUUCUGUACCGCUUAUUCUCACAAGGGUCGUGGGAUUAAUUGCGAAAUUGAUUCAAUUGUAUAUGAUUGCCGAGAACACCUGCAACACAACAUAUUUCUGCCACUGGCUAAAUAUUAAAAUGAGUUGUCUCCAUCUCAAUUUCAACUUGCAACUCUCCUUUUCAAACAUAAUUUUGCCUAGUAGAAAUUGAUUGCGCGUAUGUGACCAAUCAAGUAUGCUUAGCGUUUGUGUGCACGUAAUAUAGCGAGCUUACGCAUGAUUAGUCAACUUCGUAUGCAGCAGGAUGCGGGAAAAGAAGUCUGUGGUUCUCAGGGUAUCAUUUUGGUAGAGGACGAGAGAUAAAAACAGUAGCUCAGGUCUCUAGUUUGCGCCUGAGACUAGCAGAGUAGUCCCAACUGUGAGUUCAUUGCUGCCAAAGACCACAAUGGAGAAAAAGUAUGUAAAUGCCAUCUACAUUCUAUUUGAAGUGCCCGUAUUGUCACGAACACUGGCAGCAGGCUGGUCCAGUAGUUUUGCUUUUAUUGUUAACAUUCUGCUCUUUUUCCAUUCUGCCUUGUCUUUGUUGUGUUUCCUGAUCACAAGCUUCUCCCUGUGGGACAUCCUUUCUAAUUUACUGGUUUUAACUUGUGAACUAGUCUGCAACAUUUCAGCAGCUUUUAACUCAUUGGCUGCCAUUAAGAGCGAUUACCAUCAAAUCCAUUUGAGGUGGGAGGCUUUGCAGCGAAGUGCGAACGAAACAAUGUUUCCAUUUCAAAUGGAUGUUGACGUCUUCUAGUGAUAAACUCAUUUCAAGUCACAGCAGAGGAAUGAAAAGAGCGCAAAGAUUGGACGUUUAUCAUUGUCAGUGGCAAUGAAAGCGUUGAUAAUAGAGGGGUAACAGGAUUCCUGCCUUAGUUGUGUUGUUUUUCUACUGUUUCUAUUUAUUUUAAUAUGACGGAAUCCAGUGGGGCUUUCUUAAGUAUGGAGUGUUUUAUGUUGUCUAAUGUAAUCCAGCACGAUACUUCCUUCGUAGUGCUUAUUAUAGCAUCUUUGUUCAGCUUGGGCAGAUUUCUUCAGAGUUUUUUUCCUCGACUCUGUGACUGCAAAAAGUCAAUGAAUGUAAAAGUUGGAGAAUAACGAUUAAACCCUUUGUCCAGGCACGUGGUGAAGCUGGCCAGUAUGAGAUUAAAUGGAGUUAUUCUAAACAUACCAUUGAUGUUCCUUAGCCAGGUUGGAACUGGAGGUUUUCCAGCCUCAAGGCCAGUGUGCCUGAUCUGAAGCGUAGUUGAUCAAGCCUAUGACUUUGUCAAGUUUGUCGUAAUCUGAGCUGAGAAGCUAUUUGCUGCUAGAAAUGUUAAAAAUGUACCAUUCCACAUCUGGCGACUCUCAGGUCAUCUGACUGACAAACAGGUAACCACAAGGUUUAGACUUUAGAGCCUGCAUGGAAAUUAAAUACGAUAGAGACAUAUUUAAACUAUAUAGAUAAAUAUAUUUUUACAUAUGUACACAUGAACUGUUGUUUUGGAGGAUGCAUCUUAUUCUGACUCGUCACACCAGAGAACCAGCUGGACUGAGCAGAGUGAAAGUGUGACAACAUUUAGAGAGUUUCUUUAUAAUCUUAACACACAUUGAAACUGUGUGUUUAUGCAAGACUUGCCAGCUAUAUAAGGAUAUUUUGUGUCCGGAACACAAACCCUCAUGUUUGGAAAGCAAAACAGACUAAGACUGCUGAAAGUGCCCAUCUAAGUUUAUGUCCACCCGACUUUAGGGAGCCUGUAUUCAUAUUUAUUCCAACUGUUGUUUUAGAGUUAGCAUGCAUCAAUCAGGGUGAUCUAGAUUGUUCAUUGGGGAGGGUGGGUUAUGGUUUGGUUCUCCCCGUGCUUUAUAUUAAAGAAGCAUUGCAGGGCAGGUUGGUCUGAUGGGUAAUUAAGCCACAGUCUGCUGCUAAUUCUAUCUCAAACACCUCAACAGCUCAAUAAAGCCUACUGUGAGUACUGUAGCAAAAUUACCAUCUGGGCUUGUCUUAACCAGACCCCCGCGUACCGAGAGUUUGAUUUAAGUGUCUCUUUUAACAUAUACUGGCGAAACGAGAUGUCAUGCCAGGGCUGUGGUGUUUGUGUGUGUGUGUGUGUGGGGGGGGGGGGGGUGUUAAUUGUAGUACCAAAGCAACAGACAGCAUCAGCCCAGCAACAGAGAGCGCAAACAACCAAACCACCCAGUUUACUUCCACUUAAUUCAUUGCGCCAAUGUAAUGCCAGUUCGUAGUGUUACCUCUCAGGAUGUUUGCGAUGUUUUGAAAACUGGGCUUGCUAAAGUUCCUCAUUCUUCUAGAUGGUUUUCUAAUAGGCAGUGUUUGCAUAUCACAAGAGGAGCCUUGAAAUACUUCGGGGGGGAUUCUCCAACUGUGUAGACUGCUAUAAGUACACGUAAAACCUGACUGGAUUCUCAUGAAUACACUGUUUUUGUCAUACACUGGAUUUUCAUUGCACUGGUUAUGUUCAGUCUAGAUAUAGUCGCAUCCACAUUAAGAGCCUUAGAAGACAUCACGGGUUCUCCUGUUUGACAUAGCCAUGUUUAACGGUCCAACAAGUUUCCCAUUCUGUUUUUUUAUGCCUUGUUUUAUGCGUCUGCAGUGAUGCACUUUCCAUGCCGCCGGGGAUACGAAGUGGUGCACUGGUUGUCGAAUGCAAAACCGUCUAAGCUAGUGUUCACCAACAAAAUGAUUAGUGUAGUUCUUGAGUCCACCAUGAGAUGGUCCGCGGUCCGUGUCGAAAACUGUCUUGAAUGCAAUCUGUUACUGUGGCUCAGAUGUUUCUGGGUUUCUUGUCAAGUCUGAAGAGCCAAAGCUUUAUUUCAACAGGCAGGCGUGCAAGCCUCACAACUAUGCAAGAGGAAUGCAUCUAAUCCACACUCCUUGUUUUUUUUUUUUGUUGUUGUUGUUUCUUUUCCCCCCUCAAUUCGGUCGUGCUGGAAAAACAAGGUCAGAAUACGAUAAGAACUUGCAAUGUCGCUUGGCCUUAUGAUGAGUUGUGAAAUCGUAUCCUUUCCUGUAUGACAUUUUAAGAUUCUGGUCAGCCAGCCCAUCGGAAGGAGCGGUGACGGCAGGCUCACUCUUGGUCUCUGUGAGACUGGCUAGAUGGCCCUAGUUUUAUCGUGGUACGAAUGUUGUGCAUUUGUUUAAAAUCAGGACAGUUUGCAAUAACAGCAGUCUUACUAGUAGUGCUGACAGCGCCUGGCUGCGUCUCUAGAAAAACCACAAAGGAAGAGAUAUAAACUAUAUAAAUAAAUAUAUAUCUAUCAGCGUUCACAGUGCAUAUUUGUAGAGGUCUCAAUAAUUCUUUACUGUGGUAUACUGUUGCAUAAAUAAAUAUCCGGGUGAAUUUAUGAGGUAUGGUAUGAAAUCACCCAGACCUAUAACAUCAAGCAUUGUGUUUUUCAAAUAUGGUUUCACAUUUAAUGUUGAAUAUUUUCACAGUUCCUGUGUGAUUGUUUUUUUGUAAAUGUGCACCAUGACCGUGGCUUUUACAUUUUAUGUUUGCAUGGAAUAUGUUGGUUCAAAAAACAGCGGGACCAGAUUCCAAUGUGUUAAAUUUCUUUGCAAUUAUUUCCUAUGUUAAAUCCACCAAUAUGUUUUUGAGUUUUAAGCAGAGUAUAAGAUGGUUCAAGCUGCUAAAAAACAGGUUUUAAAAAGCUGAAUCAAGGACUCGCCUGAAAAAAAUUAAGCAGGUUUUGGGGAAAAAACAUAACAGCUUUACAGAUGAAGACUUUUCCUUAAUAUGUAUCAUUAAAAUUGUUGUUUGCUUGAUCGUAAAAUCAAUUUAAAAGUUUUGAUUAGAAUCUGUAUUGGCUCAGUCUUCCUAAUGUGGCAUGUCCAUGGUUCAGCUACACAACUGUCAGGUCUCAUUUGCACAAUGAGAACAGUAUUGGUGGUACCCCAGUGACAAUGGAGCGUUCAUGCUAGUCCCCCGCACCCCACAUACCUCCACAGAAAACAUCUCAAAAAUCAGUAAGCAUUAGGGUAAAACCGGUUGAAUGUUUUGAAUCUUGUGUUGAAUGAAUGCUUCUUCUUUUAGUCGGUGAAUAAAAGCAUCAAAAAUGUACUUUGCUUCCAAUGCCUAUUUAUUUUUCUGACUGUUCUCUAAAGGGGUCUUUUAUAGCACAUGUAAUCGCAAACUUGGUGAAGGGCUGCAGCUAUUGAUUAUUCUAGUAGUCGAUUAAUCUAUCAACUAGUUUGUCCAAAUAAUUGAGUAAGUGGAUUAGGAUCAUUUAAUUCUUAUGCAGAAUUUUAGGAGAUGUAAAACAAAUGCAUGCUAAAUUUGCACUUUCAAAACUGCAUUAAAUGCGAACACAAAAUUCACGAGUGUUUCUUCAAACUAUGCAGGAUUGCACUUUCAUUAAAAAAUAUACAGAACUAACCACAGAUCUUCUGUGGAUGUAGGCUUCCUCAAAUCCUUCUGUCUCUUCAUGAAAUCCCAGACAGACUCGAUGAUGUUGAGAUCAGGGCUCUGUGGGGGCCAUACCAUCACUUCCAGGACUUCUUGUUCUUCUUUACGCUGAAGAUAGUUCUUAAUGACAUUGGCUGUAUAUUUGGGGUCGUUGUCAUGCUGCAGAAUAAAUUUGGGGCCAAUCAUACGCCUUCCUGAUGGUAUUGCAUGAUGGAUAAGUAUCUGCCUGUAUUUCUCAGCAUUGAGGACACUAUUAAUCCUGACCAAAUCUCCAACUCCGUUUGCAGAAAUGCAGCCCCAAACUUGCAAGGAACCUCCACCAUGCUUCACUGUUGCCUGCAGACACUCAUUAUUGUACCGCUCUCCAGCCCUUCGGCGAACAAACUGCCUUCUGCUUCAGCCAAAUAUUUCAAAUUUUGACUCAUCAGUCCAGAGCACCUGCUGCCAUUUUUCUACACUCCAGUUCCUAUGUUUUCGUGCAUAGUCGAGUCGCUUGGCCUUGUUUCCAUGUCGGAGGUAUGGCUUUUUGGCUGCAACUCUUCCAUGAAGACCACUUCUGGCCAGACUUCUCCGGACAGUAGAUGGGUGUACCUGGGUCCCACUGGUUUCUGCCAGUUCUGAGCUGAUGGCACUGCUGGUCAUCUUCCGAUUUCGAAGGGAAAUAAGCUUGAGGUGUUUUUCAUCUGCUGCACUAAGUUUCCUUGGACGACCACUGCGUCUACGAUCCUCAACGUUGCCCGUUUCUUUGUGCUUCUUCAAAAGAGCUUGAACAGCACAUCUUGAAAUCCCAGUCUGCUUUGAAAUCUUUGUCUGGGAGAGACCUUGCUGAUGCAGUAUAACUACCUUGUCUUGUUGCUGUGCUAAGUCUUGCCAUGGUGUACGAACUGUGACAUGACACUGUCUUCCACAACCUCACCUUGGUAGCAGAGUUUGGCUGUUCCUCACCCAGUUUUAAGCCUCCUACACAGCUGUUUCUGUUUCAGUUAAUGACUGUGUUUCAACCUACAUGUGACCAGUGUUGUUAAUAACGGCGUUACAAUAUAACGGCGUUACUAACGGCGUUAUUUUUUUCAGUAGUGGGUAAUCUAAUUAAUUACUUUUCUCAUCUUGGCAACGCCGUUACCGUUACUGAGGACGGAAAGGCAUGCGUUACUAUGCGUUACUAUAUUGGUCGAAAAGUCUGAGGGAGACGGACUCACCGAGACGACAGAGCAGAUCAGGAGCGGGGAGGAGGCAAGAAAGUUAUGACACCAAGCAAACGCGAUGCUAGGUAGCUCCAAUAAUACAUGUUGUAGCCGAUAGCCGACAAACUACGCCCGCUUGUUAUGGUAGAUAUGGUAGACAUGGUAGAUAUCACAUGUACUGUAUAUAGAUAUAACUAGAUGCAAAAUGACGGACAUGGCUCUAAAUGCGUUAGUAGACAGCCGCCAUCUUAAAGCAGUGGGCUUUUUAGGACGGCUCUGUUGUAGAGAACCUUCCUAGCGAACCUAAGUAACUUUUUAUCUAAAAUACUUCUAAAUCGGCAAAAUCUUGACUUGAAUCUAUCUUUAAAUGAUUCAACAGUUUUCAAAACUUUCAUAUGUUGAAAGUAGAGAGAAGGGAACUAAUGCAAUAAUGGGAGCAAUUUUAACAACUUUUAUCAGGUGAUUCAGGGUAAAGGGUAAAUUAGGGUAAAGAAUUGGGCUCGGGCCAAUUGUACCAAAAACCUCCAC